CAAACGUCCACUAAUCCAAAUUCAUAUAUACCCUUUCUGAAAACCUAAAACGCUACUGCAAUUUUUACUCUUCAUCUUCAAGCUUCAUCUCUCUAAAAGCUCAUACCUUCAGAUUUUCUCAAAUCUCUUCUACACUCAAAAAUGAAGUUCAUCAACAUCACCGAUCUUUCAGAAGCUGAAGCCAAGGCGCUUGUGGCUAACAUUGCCACCGGGAUGAAGGUUGACAUGUCCUCACUACCAUUGUUGGCUGAAAACCAGAAAACAAUGAAGGCGGUCAUAGCAGGAAUGAAUGAUUCCCAGCUAACGAAGAUUGUGGCUCAUCCUUAUGAGCAGUUCAGUACCCUUGAUGUGGCUGAAUUCUACCUCAACGCCCACAUCACCGACGACGCCAUUCAUUCUCAGGUGCAAGGGAAAAGCCUGAAAAUCGAUGCUGAUGCCCUCAACGAGUUCUUCAACAUCGAACUCGACUCACAAGAUGAAGAUACUCCCACUCUCAUCGAUCUGGAGUCAGUUGAAGUCUCUGUAGAGACAUUUGUGGACACCUACUGCCGGCCAGAUGCUACCGGAGUAGAUAAGCUCUACAUGAAGAAGAACCUGUUCAAAAGGGACUAUGAAAAACUAAUGAGCAUCAUGCAUCGAUGUCUGUGGUGCAAAACAAGCUCAACUGAUCAAAUGAACAACACCAAUGCAAAGGCUCUGUAUGCAGUUCAUCAUGGAAUGAACAUCAACUGGGGGAAGGUACUUUAUAAAUCCCUCACUGAGUCAGUAGAGAAGAAGGACAAGAAAACCGGCUUGUUCACAACAAAGAUAGGUCAUGGCCUUCUCCUCUCAAAGGUCAUUUCCAAGUCUCAAGUGGAGCUCAGAAACCCCUCUACUGUUGACCAUUCCAAAACUAUAUUUCUUACUGCAUCUCCCAAGGUUCAUGUGGCCAUUGCUGCUGAGUUGAAGAGGGAAGAAAGACUUGAGCAGAACAGGGAGAAGGUGGUUGCUAAGUCAAAACCUGCUCUUACUAAGCCCAAAAAGAAGUCUCAGACGAAGCAAGAGGCAACCACUGAGAAGGUUGCGUCAGAGGAGAAUGCAUCAGAAGCUGGUGCAUCAGAUGUGGCCCCCAUCAAGAAACUUAAACAGAAGAAGAGAAGGAAAGCAAUCAUUCAGAGUGAUUCUGAUGCUUCUACUUCUCCUAUCAGGGUGCAGAAGAAGAAGAAGAAGAAGAAGACCAACUCCCCUCCCAAGGAAUCAGAACCUCAGGGGGGACUAGCAUCAGAGUUGGCUAAUGCUCAAGUGGAACCAGCACCUGAGGUGGUUGAUACUCAGGGGGAACCUGAACUUGCCCCCUGCCUGCUGAUCAAGAGGCAGUCCUGGCAAUCCCUUCCUCUCCAGUACAUCAAACCCCUGUGGAUGAUGAGAUUCAGGAAGACAUCCUCACAGCUUUGAACAAGCAAUUUGCCAGAGUACUAGAGUGGAGGAAAUGGAGAUUGGGACCACUCUCUAACAUCUUGCAGCACUUUGGAUUCUAUUCUGCUGAAG